UUCCCAGUCUGGGACGGAAGACGGAGAAUAGGUUAUGUGGGACGCGGCGGGGGUAUUUGCGGGAGACACCCGAGCGUAGGCCGGAAGUGGAGGAACCGAGAGCGGCGCCUUAGGAGCUCCCGCAUAGACCGUGAAGACGGCGGCAGCCCUUGGGCAGCAGGAGGAGGAUGAAGAGCGACGGAAGAGGCGCGGGUGGAAGCUGCUUCGCGGUAACCGCUUUAGUGCUGGUGGCCGACUGCGCAGUCUGCGAGCAAGUCUAAGAUACCUAUGGAAUAAUAGUUCACGGAGAGCUACAAUGGAAAAGUCAUGGAUGCUAUGGAACUUUGUUGAAAGGUGGCUAAUAGCCUUAGCUUCAUGGUCUUGGGCUGUCUGCCGUAUAUCACUUUUACCUUUAAUAGUGACUUUUCAUCUGUAUGGAGGCAUUAUCUUACUUUUGUUAAUAUUUCUAUCAAUAGCAGGUAUUCUAUAUAAAUUCCAGGAUGUAUUGCUUUAUUUUCCAGAACAGCCAUCAUCUUCACGCCUUUAUGUUCCCAUGCCCACUGGUAUUCCACAUGAAAACAUUUUCAUCAGAACCAAAGAUGGAGUGUGUCUAAAUCUUAUUUUGAUAAGAUACACUGGAGACAAUUCACUGUAUUCCCCAACUAUAAUUUAUUUUCAUGGGAAUGCAGGCAACAUAGGUCACAGGUUACCAAAUGCAUUGCUUAUGCUGGUUAACCUCAAAGUUAAUCUUUUGCUUGUCGAUUAUCGAGGAUAUGGAAAAAGUGAAGGAGAAGCAAGUGAAGAAGGACUCUACUUAGAUUCUGAAGCUGUGCUAGACUAUGUGAUGACUAGACCUGACCUUGAUAAAACAAAAAUUUUUCUUUUUGGCCGUUCCUUAGGAGGAGCAGUGGCUAUUCAUUUGGCUUCUGAAAAUUCACAUAGGAUUUCAGCCAUUAUGGUGGAGAACACAUUUUUGAGCAUACCACAUAUGGCCAGCACUUUAUUUUCAUUCUUUCCAAUGCGUUACCUUCCUUUAUGGUGCUACAAAAAUAAAUUUUUGUCCUACAGAAAAAUUUCUCAGUGCAGAAUGCCUUCUCUCUUCAUCUCUGGACUUUCUGACCAAUUAAUUCCACCAGUAAUGAUGAAACAACUUUACGAACUUUCCCCAUCUCGGACUAAGAGAUUAGCCAUUUUUCCAGAUGGAACUCAUAAUGAUACAUGGCAGUGCCAAGGCUAUUUCACUGCACUUGAACAGUUCAUCAAAGAAGUAAUAAAGAGUCAUUCUCCUGAAGAAAUGGCAAAAACUUCAUCUAAUGUGACAAUUAUAUAGUAGUUCCUUUUUUGAAGAAUGCACUGUGUUUUAAUUUGUGCAGAAUGAUAACGAAUGUUUCUUUCUAGAAUCGUGUUAUGUCUGUACUUGUCUGAAGAGUGACAUUAAAUUUUGAAAGGACUUCAGUGCUUCUUUAUGAUGAUCCAAAUAGUUUUUUACAUUUGAAAAACUAUAAUUCUUGAGAUUAUUUCAUUUUCAUCAAAUGUUUCAAUGGAAUUAGGAUCCAUAUCUUUAGUUUAAUAUGAAAGUAUAAUAGAGACUAUCCAAAUGUUUCUUGUUGCUAAAGUGGUAUAAUGUAUGUUACUCUUAGAUUACUGGCUGGGUGUGAAAGGAGAUAUGUGAACAAGAAACCUUUGGGUAUUAUUCCUUUAGUAAAUUUUGGGACAGUCACAGCAAACUUAGUUCUGUAACUGCAUUUUUCACAUUAAAAGUUAAUAUGAAAUGCAUGAUGGUAUUUUAUUCCUUGAAUUAUGCAAUGCAACAUUUUUAAUGUAAAUAGCACUGGUCAUAUACUGAUGUAUAUGGUUACCUGAGUUAUAUCUAUUUUUAUGUAAAUUCUAUUUUGUUUUUGGCAAGAAGUGUAAUUGAGGCCUAUGUGCAGGUUGCCAUUGAAUUUUGCUCUGGUAAAUGCUGAGAUUCAGCUUUUUCUUACAAAUAAAUGGGACCCCAUUUUCCAAUACAAAUGUACCGUGUUUUUGUUAGGUACAGUCCUGGAUCAUGGCACGUAAAAAUAGAAAUUUAGAAUUUUACUGCAGCUUUGUUGUGCAUAUUUGAACUUUUUAACAUUUGUAAUUUCGGUGGCAAAGAAAAUUUUAGCUUAUGUCAAUUUUGUAACUCUACAGCUGAAACACAAAUAGCUACCAUAGUGAAGAUUAGAACUUAAGAAUUAAAUUAGGAAAUCAUAUUACAUGAUUGUACAUACUAUUUUACAAAAAUUCCCACAUUUGGUUUUAAAUUGCACUAAGUGUAUCUAACCACCAAUGCCAAGAUACAAUUCUUUGAACAAAAAUUAAAAAAAAAAACAAACCUGUUAUUUGGUUUAAUAUUUCAAUUGCUUUGCAAUAGAAUUUCUCCUGCUGCAAAGACAGAUUGUUUUAAGAAGUCUAUUUAUUUAUUUUUUACAUGGGGGAAUGUGAGAAUGAAAGAAUUCUAGAGCUUUUAACACAGAACUUAUUACUACAUUUAGCAAUUAAAUGGUGUAAGUGAGAAUUAGAACUUGAUAUAUAGAAAAGUAAGAAAAAUCUUACUUAAAAAAAAUUAGCCUCUUAAAAUUUGCCAGACUUACCUUAUUAAAUAUAUAAGCUAUGAGGUAUAAUCGUUCUAGGUUGUUUCAAGCAGUCCCCCAAAUUUAGCUGUAAUUGAGUUUUGUAAAUUGUAAUGCCAGCUUUAUAACGUUAUAUUUUGAAUAUUUUAGCCAAUUUAUUUGGCUUUCUGCUAGCAGCUAGUGCAGAGAUAUAAUGAGUCAAUAAUGUUGACCUUAAUUUAAAAUCUUUCCAUGGAAAUAGGGCUAGAAAUACUUUUGCCAAAUAACCUUCUUACUUCAUGUCAGUGUUUAGAAAAAUAAAGUAUAGCAAGUAUGAUUUCUAGAGAGUAAUGUUUUCUAUAAAUGAUUAAUUAUACAAAGUCUUGCUAUUUUAUAAAAGAUUGGUAAAGCAUAUCAUGGAAGGUGUAUUUUGUAUGUAUACAUUCACCACAAUAAAAAGCUACUUUUCAUCUUGUCA